AUGAAUCUCAUAUUGUACAUUGGCCUCGGAACUUGCUUGUUCUGUUGUACGCGUUCGGUGCCAGCUCAAAAGGAGGUCAGCAUCAACUUCACCAACAGCGGUCGUAAAGGCGUAACGAGACAGCAUGUUUACAAGCUCAACGGAAUAGAAUUAGAAGGCAACUCGAAAGUGGUAGGAUUCCAGGUUCGUGCUGGAACCCAUACCGAACAGGAUGAUAAAGGAAAAGGUGUUCAGUCAUGUUCCGGUAGCCGGAAGGAGAAACCAGCUGAACCUUCAUUGUCGGUGGGCAUCAUUUUUAACUUAAAAUCCUACGGGAACUGGUCGAAAUGGUCCCACUGCAAGAGAGCCUACUGUAUUCAGUCUCGCCUUCGAGAGUGUACCGAUGACACGUGGAAACAGCCGAAAUUGAAACGCUACCAGUUCUCAAGAUGUGCGAGCAGAUAUUACAUAGAAACUCGCCCGUGUGAAGAUAAGAAAGCAUGCGCAACACCAGCGAUGAGAAAAAACUGUGGGGUGAGACCGGGAUUUGUUGGACCAGCAUUCAAAAUUCUGGGUGGCGAAAGCAGUGAGCCAAACGCAUGGCCGUGGGCGGUUCGUUUGACGAUACAGUCCGGGGUCGAGAAUGCGACUACUCUGUGCGGUGCUACGCUUAUCGACCCACGGUGGAUCGUCACUGCUGCUCAUUGUCUAAAAAAGCUGAUCGAUAUUAAUCCAUUCGACGCACCGAGCAGUACUGUGGUGUUUUCCAACAUUUCUUUAUAUGCGCACUUGGGUGAUCAUCGGAAGAGCAAACUGGAGGUGACUGAAAAGAUACAUCUGGUCCAGAAAGCUAUUCUUCACCCAGCAUUUCUCCCGGCGGACGUGACAACCGGCGCCGACAUUGCUCUACUAUAUCUAGCUGAACCUGCCAAAUUGCGGAGUGAAGUCAAUUUUGCCUGUGUGCCAUAUGAAUUCAUGGCUCCCAAACCUGGAACCGAAUGCUACGCCGUCGGAUGGGGUAUGGUUGAAUCUAAAUCUAACAAAGCUUUUCGGAGAUUACUGUCUCGCUCAGAUAAAUACAACCCUAUUCAUCACAUGCGUGGACCCUAUGAUGAAAUGCUGACCUCGGAUCGGUUGCACGAAGUCAGUCUGCCUAUUGUGAGCAACAAUGAUUGUAAAACACAUCAUACCAUUCUCAACGAGAGAUUCCACAUUUGUGCCGGUUCUACAGGGAAGGACACGUGUCGCGGUGACAGCGGUGGCGGUCUAUAUUGUCAAGUGCCAAAUUCUAGCGAUUGGUUUAUUGCCGGAGUGACGAGCUUUGGACAUAUUGAUGGAUGUGGACGAAGUCCGGGCGUUUACACUUCAGUCAUUGCUCAUCGUGACUGGAUAAGGAGGACAAUCAAGGAAGCUAAAUCCAAGUCGCUUUAGAUGCACAGGCCUGGUAAUGUACAUUUCACCAAGGAGAAACAGUUAUAAAAGAAAACAUG